ACACACCCCUUCAACCUCAACCUCCUCCUCCUCCUCCUCCUCCUCCUCCUCCUCGUCCUCCACCCGGCGUGUCUGAGUCUCUGGUUGCAUGAACGAGCCUCGAUUCACUACAAGCCUGAACUUCUACGAUGCGUCUCUCCCAUACCUCAACUGACUGCACACCACAGUCUGCAGCAGCAUAGGAUGUAAUCAAUCCCACAUGUUUCAUCUCUGCGACUCGGGGAUUUUCACUUUGAGUAUUUUUGUACUUUUUCUUUCAUUACACCCUACUCGCCAUACAAUGGAUAUAACUUACCAGACAUGACGGGGACUCAGUUUCUGCCCUGCAAAGCCAAAACUCCGCUCAAAGCGAGGGGAGCCCGAAGUUCAUAAAAGGGAUUAUUUGCAUCUGGGUGCCUGAGAAAACCUUCGGUGCCUCCGGAUUUUACUUUGGAUUUGGGAUUUAUCGGUUCUCGUCGGGAUGGAAAGCCGAGACUUCGCUCCUCCGCACCACCUCCUGACGGAGCGGAGCGCUUUGGUUCACAGCGCCGCGUCUCGGAUGGCGCCAGGCGGCCACGGCUCCGUGCAGCACCCCGCACACUUCCAGCCCGGGAAAUACUACUCAUCCCAUCUCUCCAUGGGUCCGCACUCAGGUGCUUCCUUCAUGGGCUCCUUCCUGGCCAGCAGUCUGGGGUCCCCGGCCUCUCACCCUCCUCACCCCUCUGGACCUGCAGCCUCCCCCUCCUCCCCUUCCUACAGGGCUGGACCCCAUUCAAGCGCUUCCCCUAUCUGGUUCCCCCAUUCACACGAAGGGUACCCCAGCUAUUCAGGAAGUCUUGCUUCUCCUUUUCUCCCCAUGAGUCCCCUGGAUCACCAUAGCAACAGUCUCUAUGGACAGCACCGCUUCUAUGAAACUCCAAAAGAUCACUUCUACCUGAGAGGCCUUCCUCCCCAGCCCCCUCUGCUCUCCACCAAUCACAGCCUUUCUCCGCUGUCCAGGACUGCCCCAGGCCACCCACUUGGCUCUUGCAGCCGGGAGACGGACAAUGGGGGAGGGGGUGGAAAAAGUAGCAAGGACAUGGGUGAGAAAGGGGUCUCAUCUGUGUCAAAGGAGAAGGAGCGAUCAAGCAGCAAAGAGCGGCACCAGGAGAGCAAAGACAAACAACAGCUUCAUCAUCACCAUCCUCAUCAGACAAACCCUGCUACCACUCCAUCUGGCCACCACCAAGCUUACCCCCACCCUCACCAUGCGCUUCUUCCUCACCUCGCACUACAUGGAAGGGAAGAAGACCACAGACACUCUGUGGAGCGACACAAGGAGUACAGAGACAGUGACUCGGGCAGUCAGGGAAUUAAACAUAUGAGUGCCUGUAAACUGUCCAGUGGCUCUGGAGGAGAGAAUGGCUCUGGAGGAAAGGGGGGAGCACUAAGCAGCUGCAGUGGUGGUGGGGUGGGCAGACCUCCAUCUGGAGGCAACAGGCGGUGCUCCAAAGAUGGACCCAUUAAUGGGGAGAUGAGGAUCAGUGAAUCCUCAACUCCCUCAUCUGAAUGUAUGAGACGAGGGGCGGCUGCAGCGACAGCAAUCUUGGCACCUCCAACCCCACACUCUGUAGCCUCCUACUCCAUGCCUCCACCUCCCCCUCCGCCACCUCCUCCCCAUGCCCUGCACAUGGGCUCCACAGUUGCUGGAGGGUGGCUACACCACACGCAUCACCAUCCACAUCCUGAGUUUUACUGUCCUCCUGCUCCUCUUACGCUUACUCCCUCCAAAGAUCCAGCAGCCACAGCUGGAGGGUCUGGCAGGGAGGCAAAGGUCGUUGGCCCAACUUAUGUGCCCUCAGUUGGGCCACUCGGGGAUCUGGCAGCCCCUGACUGUCGUGGAGCAGGAGGAGGUGGAAGAAAGGCGGAGGACAAGAGUGGAGAAGGAUCUUAUGAAAGUCCCUCUCAUCACCUCAGCCGACUUAGUAGUUGCCAGAAGAAGGACAAAUCCCAGCCACACCAGCAGCAGCUGGGAUACGGCAAGGCUGACAAACCUCCUGACUGGAGCCAACAGACGCAUCACUUCCACAAACCUAGCUCCAUUGUGAGCUCUGAGCCUGAAUUACGGUCCUGCAGCCUGGAAACAUCAUCAUCCUUCAGAGAUGUUGAGGUUGUGGAAGAUGUUUACCGGCCCUCACUCCCAUUAGAUGCCCAGGAGACACACCCUGGUGCUGGACAGAGCACAUCUAAGAAUGGUCCCAACACCAGCACUUCUCCCUUCAGGGACUGUUCACUUUCAGGUCCUGAUGGGAAGGCAGGAUCAGGGGCAGCAGCUCAAAGGGAGGGACAAAAGGUUGCAAGGAUACGGCACCAGCAGCACAGCAGCCACGGAGCAAGUGCAGAGGAGAGAGGAAGAGAUGGAAGUCAGACAGCACCUUUCUGGGGGGCUCGAGGGAGCCACCAAGAGGACCAGAGAAAAGGCACCCACCAUGCAUCAGCUGGUAAAGGUGAAGUCAGAGGGCUUAGCAACAGAGCUCCAAGCAAUGAACACAACCAGCCACAUUCUCAGCUGCCUCCCCCUCUGUCCCGUUCCUCAUCACAUGCUACCGAUGGUGAGAGCAGUGCCAUGAAGAACCUAAUGAACUACAGCUCCCAGCAGCCACUGCUUCUGCCACAGCGGAGCCCAUUUGGUGGUCUGGGAUGCCUCAAGCAGGGUGGAGAAAGAUCAGAGAAGGGAGACAGAGGAGGAGCUAAAAGCAACACCUCCCAGCAAGACCUUCCCAAGCAGUCGCUCCCUCCUCGCCGAGGCUCCACUAACGAGGGAGAGAAAAGUGACAGAAGUGGGAAGGAAGCUGGGGAGGCAGGAGAGGGAGAGGUACGACAGCCUCCGGUGGGCAUUGCAGUUGCAGUAGCCAGGCCCCCCCAUCGUUCCCCAGACAGCACCCAUAGCAGACAAGGCAGGGUGCUGCCCAGCAUGAAAGGAGUGUCACGCCCUGUGUACCCUCUUGGUCGUGAGGCAGAGGAGAGGAAGAGGAUAACAGAAGACCAGAUCAGCCUUCAUCACCUGGACAGAGACAGAGAAAUGAUCAUCAGGGAAAACAAGGAUUGCGUGGAGUUCGCCAGGAUCCACCCUUCUAGUAGUUGUCACGGUGACCUGACCUCUCACCUCUUGGUCCCUGGAGGAACAAGCCAGUUAGGGGCGGACCCUGCUGCACAUGCUCACCCAGCUCACCACCACUGGAUGCAGAGGACAGGAAGUCCCUCCCUCUGGAUGGGGCAUUCAUACAGUCUGGGCCAUGUUGGAAUGAGCCCUGGCUUUCCACCAGGUCUACCCAGCCCUUUGCAGCCGGUCUUGGGGUCACUCACUCAAGACCCGAACUCUCCACUAGUGGUUCUUCCUACAGAACCUGGGACUCAUCAUCACCUUGAUGUUCUGGAGCAGUCAGGUCUGUGGCCCCCUGUGUACGGAGGCAGAGGCCCUCCUCCUCACCUGCAGCAUCACCCAGUCUACUCGCGCUCUUUCCUACGGCAACAGGAGCUGUACGCCCUGCAGCAUCAGCACCAACAGCAGCAGAGAGCCAUGGAGCACAUGCAGCGACAGUCGUUAGGACAAAGAAAACACGAGGAGCAUGCUAUCACGAUUGAAGAUUCUCCUCAUGAAUCUUCAACCUCCAGAACUCCCUCUUCUUCUUCUUCUUCUUCUUCUUCCUCGUCUUUGUCCACCACCUCUGCCCAUGCGGCCAAACCCUUCUCUCACACACCUCCUCCACCCAAGACAUCCACACCAUCUCCUGGAAUGUGUCCCAGUAGCCGUCAGUCACCCUGCUACCACUCACCGUCCACGCGUCCGCACCCACCAAAUCCUCUGACCCCUGCGCCAAGUCCGGCUGCAGCUGCUCCACGCUCUCCGGCGCUCAGUCCAGCUCCUUCACACCUCUCUAAAGGGCUGGACAGAGGCAGCGAUAGAGGGGAGGGACAGCCACCUCAGGACUACCCACAAUCACUCGAGCCAGACUUGCCACCUGUUUAUAGCUACCCUCCCAUCACCAUGGGUUACAAGGCCGGGCCCUCGCCUCCUGAAGCUCGACUGGCUGAGCAACCUACUGUGGUGGAAGAGCCAGCAGAGCCUGACUCCAAAUCCCUCCCACACUCAUGCCACGUACAGCCUCUCACUGUUGAAGAAGAAAUGCGGAAAGAAGAGAAUGGGAGAGACUGUGAAGUGGUGGAAUCCCUGAGUGCAGUUACAGAGGAGGCGAGGAAGGAAACAAAAGGAUGCUCCGUCUCUGAGCCCCAGAGCAAGAUUUCUGGAUUGCCGCCAUGCCCUUUCCCAGCUCCAGUCCCAGAUCCAGCUUGCCCAGCCACAGCCACAGGCAAAACCCUAAAAGUAGAGCUCUCUCUGGGUUGCCCAGGCCAGAAGGCUGGCCUGGAGGAGCCUCAGCUAUCCAAAGAGCAGGAGGAUGAUAGGGAGCAUGGAAAAGAGGACAUGGAGGAGGAUGAGGAAGAGAAAAUGGAGCUUGAACCAACAGAAUGUACUGUCUCUGUGCCUGAAGAGGAGGUGGUGGAGGAUGGGCACAAAGAUGGAGAGAAUGUAGAGGUGGUUGAGGAUGAGGAGGAAGAGGAGAGGAGUGGGAAAAGUCCAAAUGAAGACUUGGUGGAAUUAAUAUGUAGCUCUCCUACUUCUUCCUCAUCUGCUGACUCAGUUGUCCCUCCCACUGCGAGUGCAGCUGCCCAGCUCCAAGGGGCCUACAUGUGGAGCCUGGAGCUCCUCAUCGCUGCAGCUCUGUGUGCCACCAGAGAUGCCUUGUAUCCACCAGUACCUGUUGACCGGGCCCCAUGCCCCUCACCCCACCACGGUAUGGAGAUACUCGGGGAACUAGCUGAGCUGGAGAUCCAGCAGAGGGGCAGGGAGAGCAAAGUAAAAGGCACUGAAGGUGAGGACGUGCUCACCUUUGACCUCCACAGUCUGGCUACGCUGGCGGCCGCCCGUGCCCUGGAGAUGGGGGGAGGGGCCGUGGAUGUGGGGGCUGACCAGCAGUGUCCAAUCAGGAAGAGGCUCAAUCUGCGCCGGAAGUGCACCUGGACACCUCGCCACGAACCGGUGUGCCCAGUGAAGGGCUCCAUGGAGACGAUGGGAGGGGAGGAGCUGGCCAUGCGUGUCCAGCUGGCUGAGCUACAGCGCCGCUACAAAGAGAAACAGAGAGAACUGGCCAAACUACAGAGGAAACACGACCACCAGAAAGAGGAGACGUCUCGUAGCCCUGCCCGCCGGGGGCCCGGCCGCCCCCGCAAGCGCAAGUCCACCCCCGGCCCAGCUGCUGCAGAGAGCUCCAAAAGACUCAGGGCCGGCCUCAAUUUACUGGAGGAAAAAGCCAGGAAUUCAAUGUCCAAUCACAACUUCAACAGACUCAGCGCUGCACAGAUGAAAGCUCGCUGUAAGCACAGAGGUCGGCCCAGCACCCUGAGCUCCAGACUGGCCAGACGGGUGACCCAGCUAAAGCAGAAAGCUGCUGCCCAGCGAGGCGCACCAACAACAAGCCUGCUACACUGCAGUGAGGAUGACACCUCCAAGAGACACUGCAGACAAGGAGACCUGCAGCGGGACCGAACUGCCAGUCAGACAGUAAAGAGGAAGAGGGGUCGAAAGCCCAAAGUGCCACUGGGCAUCAACCCAAAAGGAGCUCACCACAAGGACAGCCGGGUCUCUGAAAAGCAUGAAGUGAGGGAAGAGAAGAGUGACAGCGAGAGCUCAGAGCAUGAGGAGGAAGAGGAUGCCAGCUACGACAGUGAAGAUGGAGUGGGUGACAUCCAGAUUAGCUCAUCCUCUAAAGAAGCUCCUGCAAACUCUGUCGGGACCGUCUCUUUUUCAUCGAAGCUCCAAACACACCAGAAAGCCCGGAGUAAAAGACCAGGACCUCCUGGUAUGGGGAGUUUGCCUAGUCUAGACCGGAGGAGAGCACCCAGGAGGCCAAGUCUCACCAACACAGAGAGAGGAGGUCCAGACCAUGCGGGGAACAACAGAGCAUCUCUUCCCAGCUGGAGUGUGUCGUCAGUGGGCUGCAGCUUUGGAGAAAGCCACAGAGUUCACGAGGGAAAGAGGAUCAACAGGGACGACGAGAGGAAGACCCCAACUGGGCACAGCAUUCGGGAAAGGUGCACACCUGUGCACUUCUUUGAAAAGGGCCACGCUGUGAGCCGACUCUGCAGAGCUUUUGCAGCUGAUGACGGCUUUCGCUUGGGAGAGAGCAGCUUCUCUGAGGGAGAGGAGGAUGAGGAAGAGGAAGAGGAGGUCAAUGAGAAGUCGCUGAUCCACCUUCCUCCCAACAUGCCUUGCAGAAUACCUGCCCUGCCAAACUGUGUGUUGAGUAAGAGUGUUGGUAGACGGUUGAAGAUCCUGAUCUCCAAGGAGGAUGAGCUGCUUAGCCGCUGUGUCCAAACUCUGGACUUGCCUGACAUAUUCAGUGUUGUCAUUGAAGGGGAGCGAGGGAACCGCCCCAAUUACUCGUUGGAGCAGCUGCUACAGGAGGCUGUGUUGGAUGUGCGACCUCAAACCGAGGCCAUCCUCACUGCAGGAACGCGAGUGUGUGCCUACUGGAGCGAGCGCUCCCGCUGCCUUUACCCUGGAUACGUCCACCGAGGAGGUCCGGGUGAGGAGGAAAAGGAGGGCAGUGUGAUGGUGGAGUUUGAUGAUGGAGACAGAGGAAGGAUCUCUCUAGUAAACAUCCGACUUCUACCUCCAGGAUAUCAAAUCCGCUGUGCCGAACCCUCUCCAGCUCUUCUGAUCUCACCUGGUCGUCGGGGUCGUCGGAGCUCCACCCAUGAGAAGAAGGACACACCCACAGAAAAACCAGCCAAUGAGGAGACAGCAGGGAGGCCUCAGGAGAAAAGACCAGUUGGCAGACCGAAGAAAAUCCACGCAGUGCCUAAAUCUGUCAGCACACCCACUUCAGUAACAGACACUGUAACAAAAGGCAGCACUUCCUUGUUAAACUGGUCAGUGCCUCGGAAGAGACCGCCGGUCGACUUCUUCCUGUUCAACGGGACGUCCCGUAAGACCCAGAAAAAGAUACGAGAGCGAGACUUGGGGUUGUUCCAUCGCCCUGCCCCUCUAGCACCACUAACCCCUGUCAAAGGAAUCUUUGGCUCUCCUUUCGAAGUAGACUCAUUCAGUAGCAUCGCUAACGGCUACUCCACCUUUGGAAGUGGAACUGGGCGGCCAGUCACCACUGCAGCUUCCGUGGGGCUCCGGGACUCCUCGUCAUCUUCUUGCUCCUCAGCUGUCGCCAUGGCGAUGACAGCUGGGAGCAGGAAACCAGUGAGUGAACGUGACAGAAAACACUUUCUAGUGAAGCUCGACCAUGAAGGAGUGACUUCUCCUAAAACAAAGAAUGGCAAAGCCUUGCUUCGACUCGGGGGGACUGGAGGGAGAGCAGGAAAGAGCCACCCUUCAACAGGGGCGCCGCUGCGAUACAUCCAACCCUCCCUGCUGGUGAAGGAUGACAAGAAGGGCAGAGCGGAAAGAGAUGAUGUUGGGGCCCGAUCUGAGGCUCCUCUGAAGGGUAUCCCUCCUCAGAGAAAGGAUCUUCUCUCAGCUGGUCUUGGAGUUCAAGGUGGGGAUUACAGUUUGGACUACCCCAGCGACUGCCCCAGCUCCUACUCUGAGCUUGAUGAGGAUGACGAGGAUGAAGGUCAAGAUGCUGAAGCACGCAGAAGACGUGCAGCUGUCUCUUCCCACCGUGGUGGUCGCUUUCUGUCUCGUCUCUCCAUGUGCUUCUCGUCAUCCUCCUCCUCUUCUUCCUCUUCUGGCUCCAUCUCCUCCUCGUCCCUCUGUUCCUCGGACAACGAUUCCUCCUACUCUUCCGAUGAAGAGUCGUCCUCUGUGCUGCUGCGUCGCGCACUGCUCCAGCAGGACAAGCACAAACACAGGCAGAGCAUGAACUCUGACCUCCUGAGCCCUGACCCCACCACCUCCAGCUCCUCUCCCUCCUCCUCAGCCCCAGGUUUUGUGGCCAAAUCCAGCAUGGCUGCUGCAGGGUCAAAGGUGAGGGCUGACAGAGCAGAGGAGAGGAAGGAGUACAUGUCAAAAGGAGGUAUGAUGGCUAACAGCAGCACAGCAAAGAGCCAGCUGAAGAGGAAAGAAGGCGCUCCUAACAACCACCAUCAGAGUCAGAGUGGUCCUGUGUGCCAGCAGCUGAAACCUGCCUCCAAAGACCCGACGACAGCUAAGAAGCAGAGGAUGUCUUCACCCGAUUCUCUGCCCAACAUGGCUCCACUGCUGCCAGGACGCCAGCUCUGGAAGUGGUCUGGCAACCCCACGCAGAGGAGAGGUCUGAAGGGUAAAGCCCGCAAGCUUUUCUACAAGGCCAUCGUGCGGGGCAAGGAGAUGGUGCGUGUCGGGGACUGUGCUGUGUUCCUGUCACCUGGCCGGCCCCAGUUGCCCUAUGUGGGCAGAGUGGAGAGCCUCUGGGAGUCGUGGAGCUCCAGCAUGGUGGUCAGGGUCAAGUGGUUCUACCACCCAGAGGAGACUCGCCUGGGGAAGCGGCACCGCGAUGGCAAGAAUGCCUUGUAUCAGUCUAGCCAUGAGGAUGAGAACGACGUGCAGACCAUCUCCCAUCGCUGCCAGGUGGUCAGCAGGGCGGAGUACGAUCACCUGAUGCUUGAACGCAAACCAGGCAGCACGUCCAACGACCUGUUCUACCUGGCCGGGACCUACGAACCCACCACAGGCCAGCUGAUCAGCGCAGACGGCAUGGUCAUCGUGUCCUAGCAGCAGCAGCCAGGGAGAAAUCCAGAUAGUGGCCUAAUCCCUGGAGUUGACUGCUUCUAGGACGGUCCUACAGAGGAGAGCAGGGGACAGACGCAAAUCAAGACAAAGAGUCUCGGCUCUGCGUAUUGAUUUGUCGCUUGUAAGAGAAGGAGCUAGCCGGCCGGGUGAAGCCUGGCAGCACUUAGAGGAGUCGGGCUUGUUCUGAGGAAAAGUCUGAUCCGUGUCAGACUUAACCUCUUUAGCAGAUGUGGACUGUGGCUUCUUGUCGCAGCGAGACUCUUCAGCCUUCCCUGCGGCUGAAACAACACAGUCUCUCAUGGCUGCGACAAGAUUACUGCAGCGCAAGUACAGAAACCAAGGACAUGAGCACUUUGGAGUGUAGCAGCUUUGGUAUUUUAUGGAGGGAGGGGAGGCGGAUUUGGCUUUCUGAAACAAAGACUGACUCAGAGAGCGGGAGAGACUGUAUGGUGAGGAGAGACUUGCUGUAAACCACACUGGUUUGGAUGGUUUUAAUGGUCUUAUACUGGUGGUCUGACUACAAGACUGAAAGAUCCCCAACAGGACCAAUAAACACUGUAGUUUGGACUGUGUGUUUAAAUGUUUGCAGAGUGGCUGCGAUGACCCUGUUUGGCAUUUAAUGAGCUCUAAGUAAAUAGUGCUUUAGUGUGUUUGUACUGUAUGUGUGUGUGAGAGUGUGUGCGAGUGUGUGUGAUCAUGCACGUGUGUUCAUCAGGCAAAGAUGUCGACGUCAUGACGCACCGUGGGUUUGCCUCCGACACUCUGAAUAUUAAUCAGCCCAGUACUUAACGUGCAGUCUUUGCGACUGAGACACAAAAACGAUUUUUUUCUCCUUUCAAGCCAUACACAUCAAUACCUCUCUCUCGUACCUUCCUGUUUUUUCAGGUGCGAAGACACAUGUACAGGUAGUUGGAUCGUCUCUUUGAACAGUGCGUGCGUGCGUGUGUGUGUGUGUGUGUGUGUGUGUGCGCGCGCUUUGUACAGCAUCAUUUGUAGAAUAACACGAUGUAAAUAGUAUAUAUUUGUUCUCGUUUCUCAUUGUUUUCUUUUGCAGAGAAGAUUAUUUUAUUUAGAUUUUUUUAGGGCGUGUGGGUGGGUCGGGGGGCUCCAGCAGAGGUCGGAGGUUUGGGUUAAGUUUCCUUCAAUGCACUGAACAGGAUCGGAGGUUCGGAUUUGGGGUCAAACUGAUCGUUGCUUUAGGCAAAGGGUGGAUAUAUAGAAAGGAUAUCUGGGAAAAUGUUGUUUUUAUAAUGAAAUCAGAAAAAAAAACCUUUUUACAUGUGUCCAAUGUUCUUAAUUUGUUUCCUUUUUGUUUCACUCUGUUGGGUUGAGAAUGUGCAUUUCUUGUUGGGAGCUUUUACUUUGAAAAACCAAUACUGGAAAAGAACGCUGAGUUUCUGCUGAUCCUAAAGGAAUCUAGUUCUUCUUUAUCUAUUUUAGCCUGUAUUCCUAUAUUAAAUGUAGAUAUUUAUCUGGCAGCAAAAAGAAACAUACCAAAGCACCUGUGAGUUUACGCUUCACCACAUUAGAAGAAAACAAUUUUAUGAAAGACGUUCAAUCAAAUCUGAAUCCGGGACCCCUGCAAUCACCGAGGUAUUUCAUAGAGUUCCUCUUGUUGUCCGCUAGUGUUCAUCCAGCGUUGCUAUGACGGCCUCUGAGAAACAUUGCAGCAACAUUGUCUCCGUGCUGCCCAGCUGAUGCACUUGAGGUCUCUAUGGCAACCAGAAUGGCAUCACGUGACUGUGAAGGACAAUCAGAGCCAAUCAAUGGGACAAUGCUGAGACAAAAAAAAAAACAAGAUAAGGAUCAAAUCAUAAAUUUAUGCUUCUUGUCACUUUUAUUCCUGCUUUGCCAAAAAUGUCUGUGGUUUUUUUAAUGUUUGCUUGUUUGUCCUCAUUUACCAUCGUCUUCUUGUUUAUGCAAGUCUGUGAUGACUGUUUGUUGUCGGUGUAUAGGAUGUACAGGGGGAGGAACAUGAAUGCCUUUUUCUUCUUUUGUAGGACUUUGACUGACUUUUAACAUUGUUGCUGUUACACUGCAAAGCAAAAGCUUUAAAUGGAAUCUAAUGUGAAACUCAGUUUUGAAAUAUUACUUUCAUGGGUCUUUAAUUGAAUUUUUUUUAAAGCUGUAUUUUUCUUUAAGAAACACUGGAUUCAGUUCGAAACAUCGCAUUUUGACAGAAGCAACAUCAUUGUGUUUUUUUUUUUAUUAUUUUAGACCCACUGGAACCUGCUUUGUAUGGUUGAGAUAGCCUACUAAAAUAUAUUAUGUAAUUUCAGUCAUUCUUUGGAAAUAUGACUUAAUUAUUUCCUCAUGUACAAAAAGAAAAAAAUAUUUAUCUUAAUUUUAUUGCCUUUUUGUGUUUCAUUAAAAAAAGAUUCUUGCAAAAAUAAA